AUAAUCCAUAAAAAUUGUCAAUAAAAAAAGAAAGAAGAGUAGAACUAGACACAAGUUUCCACUUUUCUCCAUUUAAUUUAAUUUCUGUCUCCGAAACUAUUGAGAUUUCGAAUAGAACUUUAGUUUGACAUGCUGUCAAUUUGCUGAAAUCACAUUUUUAUUAGUUUACAUGAAUAGAUAUCCAUACAGCUGUGUACGUUAGCAACCCGCCUUUCAAUAACCUUCAUUUUGAAUGAUCUCAGUAUUGAUAAGCUACAAGCAAAAUGUCUGUGUACUCAAAGCUUCCCUCCCAGCUGAAAAACCCCCUUGUGAAAAAGACCAUUCUCGUUCUUGUUGCGCUGUAUGGGGCGAAGAAACUUUCCCCUUACGUAUAUGGCAGGCUGAAAGGAAGAACUAGUAAACAGGUUAAGGGUGCUGACCUGGUUGCCUCCAAUGGAGAACCUCAAGAAGUGGAAGCCUCAAGGAAAAAGAAAAGCUCCCCGGCUGUGAACCGUGAAUUCUUCGAGAGGUUGAUUCGUCUCUUGAAAAUCCUCUUUCCUCGGCUUUUCUGCAAAGAACUUGGACUGCUCGGUUUCCACUCUCUAGCCCUCAUUUCACGCACCUUUCUCUCCAUCUAUGUAGCCAGUUUGGAUGGGCAAAUAGUGAAAACCAUUGUGAAGAAAGACCCCAGGGCAUUUGUGGUGGAGUUAACCAAAUGGCUGCUCAUCGCCAUUCCGGCCACGUUUGUGAACAGUGCCAUCCGUUACCUGGAGGGUCAGCUCACCCUCGCCUUCCGCACCCGGCUGGUCACCCAUGCCUACAUGCUGUAUUUCAACAAUCAGACAUACUACCGUGUCAGCAACAUGGACGGCAGGUUGGCAAACCCUGAUCAGUCCUUGACUGAAGAUGUGGUGAUGUUUGCUGCCUCUGUGGCUCAUCUGUACUCUAACCUGACCAAACCAAUCCUCGACGUAGUGAUGACCUGUUACACGCUUAUUAAAAUAGGUGAGUCGAAAGGUGCCAACACCACUUGGCCCUCCGUCAUAGCUGGCAUCGUGGUGGCACUUACUGCCAAGGUCCUGAGAAUGUUCUCCCCACGCUUUGGUAAACUUGUGGCCGAGGAAGCCAGGAGGAAAGGCGACCUUAGAUACAUGCAUUCUCGCAUCAUCGCCAAUUCAGAGGAGAUUGCCUUCUAUGGAGGACAUAAGAUCGAGAUGUUUCAGCUGCAGCGGAGCUACACGGCGCUGUCCGAGCAGAUUAACCUGAUCCUGUUCAAGAGGCUGUGGUAUGUCAUGCUGGAACAGUUCCUGAUGAAAUAUCUCUGGAGCGCAUCCGGCCUGGUCAUGGUCGCUGUGCCCAUCAUCACUGCCACCGGAUACUCUAAAUAUGAUUCAGAGGAUGUGAAACAAGCAGCCCUGGUGAUGAAGGAGGAGGACUUGGUGAGUGACCGCACACAGGCUUUUACAACGGCCCGGAACCUUCUGAACGCGGCAGCUGACGCUGUGGAGAGGAUCAUGGUCUCCUACAAAGAGGUCACAGAACUGGCUGGAUAUACCGCUCGUGUGUAUGAGAUGUUCGAGGUGUUUGAGGAAGUGCGUGUCGGGGUGUACCGCCGUUCGGCCACAGAGGUGAAGCCAGAAGAGACAGGAGCAGCUCAGAUGGUGACACAUGGCACGAGAGUGGAGGGACCGCUGCAGAUAAGAGGUCAGGUGAUUGAUGUGGAACAGGGUAUUAAAUGUGAAAACCUGCCAAUAAUAACUCCUACAGGGGAUGUGGUGGUUUCCAGCCUGAACAUCCAGGUUGAAGAAGGCAUGCAUCUGCUGAUCACGGGCCCCAACGGUUGUGGAAAAAGCUCUCUGUUCAGAAUCCUGAGUGGCCUCUGGCCCGUCUACAGUGGAGUGCUCUAUAAGCCUUCACCCGAGCACAUGUUUUACAUACCUCAAAGGCCUUAUAUGUCGGUGGGAACGCUGAGAGAUCAGGUCAUCUAUCCGCACUCUGUUCAGGAUAUGCAGGAGAAGAGCGUUUCUGACCUGCAGCUGGAGGAAAUCCUCAAAACUGUGAACCUCUGCUACAUCCUGGAGAGAGAGGGAGGUUGGGACGCACUGAGCGACUGGAAGGAUGUGUUGUCUGGAGGAGAGAAGCAGCGGAUGGGCAUGGCCAGGAUGUUUUACCAUAAGCCUCAAUAUGCCCUCCUAGACGAGUGUACGAGUGCUGUGAGUAUUGAUGUGGAGGGCAAAAUCUUUGAAGCUGCAAAGGAUGCUGGGAUUGCGCUUCUCUCUAUUACACACCGUCCUUCUCUCUGGAAGUACCACUCCCACCUGCUGCAGUUUGACGGUGAGGGCGGCUGGCGCUUUGAGAAGUUGGACGCCUCCACGCGUAUUUCCCUGCAGGACGAGAAGCUCCGACUCGAGACCCAGCUCUCGGGAAUUCCCAAGAUGCAACAGCGGCUGGUAGAGCUGUGCCGCAUUCUGGGGGAGGACAGCAGCCUGCCGAACCCAGGGGAAGUGGAGGAGGACGACAGGAUGGAGGAGGAGGAGGAGGAGGACAGAGAUGUAGUAGCAGGUGGAAAAGGGAAAGUGAUUUGA